AUGGCUCAGGACCGUGGUAUCGAUAUGUGUCACCUGACGAUGGCCGACAGCGACGAUUAUCCGAACCUACACGUGUUGGUCGAGACCCAGGUUCUCCGAAUAUUAUUUGAGGGAAAAGAAAAGCGCGCUGCUGGAGUGGAAAUCCGUGCGAACCCGAAAUUUGCUCAGAAUGGCAAGGACAACAGCACAAAGAUUGUCAAGGCCAAAAGGCUUGUUGUUGCAUCGGCCGGUUCAUUUGGAACGCCACUGCUGCUCGAGAGAUCUGGGGUUGGCGAUCCCGCGGUGCUUGAGAAGGCGGGUGUAACUGUUGUUGAGAGUCUUGCCGGGGUAGGCAACGACUUCCAAGGCAAGCCCAAACUUUCAUAA